CCACUUAGCUUCGUUAGCCGUGUCUAGCAGUCCUGGCAGAAACAGCCGUCUGUUCUCGGCUCUUCCGAAAACAAACACCGAGGGAGAUACACUACCAGCCAUGGAGAGGAUCCAAUGCAUAUGGUCGUCUUCUGUAUCCCCUCGUACCGUCAGCUUUCGUUUAGAUGUCAAUGUCAUAGUUUGUAGCUAGGGCUGUCCAGUUAGCUCCGUUAGCUUGUGUCUGGCCAACGCAGGGCCGAGGCCAAGGCCAAGCGAGAAAAGGCAGGCCGUCGGCAUCUUCCAGGCAUUUGCUCUGUAGGUGAGCAGAGGCGAAGAGGGCCGAAGAGGAGUAGGACAUCAGGUUUUGGACCAGAUCUUCUUUUGAAGUUGCCUCCACCAUCACCUCCACCACUGUCACCCUCGGCUAAGCAUGUCGUCGUCAGGCUGCUGCCACCUACCUGGCUCCCUUUGUGAUUAUUCUGGGAAUGCUGAAUCUGAUGCCUCCAAGGAUUCAGAGGAGUCUGACUCCACCGCGCAGGCCCAGUACAUUGCCAAGGUUACGGCGAAAGAUGGCCGCCCACUCUCCACCGUUGUCAAAGCGGUGAGCUUGCAGAGUGAUGUGGGUAUGUGUCGGAUUUGUCAUGAGGGAGCUGGAGGUGAGACGCUGCUCUCACCCUGCGACUGCACCGGUACGCUGGGUAAAGUGCACAAAAGCUGCUUGGAGAAGUGGCUGUCGUCCUCCAACACCAGCUACUGUGAACUUUGUCACACAGAGUUCACCAUUGAACGGAGACCACAACCACUCACACAGUGGCUGAAGGACCCAGGCCCUCGCAGUGAGAAGCGCACACUGUUGUGCGACAUGGCCUGCUUCCUUCUCAUCACACCCCUGGCAGCCAUCUCUGGGUGGCUGUGUCUGAGGGGAGCCCAGGACCACCUGCAGCUGAAGAGCAGACUCGAGGCCGUUGGCCUCAUUGCCCUCACCAUUGCCCUCUUCACGAUCUACAUCCUCUGGACACUGGUGUCAUUUCGGUAUCACUGUCAGUUGUACUCAGAGUGGAGGAGGACCAAUCAGAAAGUGCGUCUGCUCAUGCCUGACAUGAAAGGGGCACACACCACCCAGCGUUCAGUGCCGACCAAGUCGACCAAGAAAAUGACUGAUGAGACCAUCGUAUGAGUGCAGAGCGGUGGCGAGAGGAAUAUUUAAAAGGAAGCCCAUUGAAGCACUCAUUAAAAACAACAAUAAUCAUAUUAAUGAACUUUUGCACUUCGUAUGGACCGUUCUGAGAGGGAAGAGCUACUUUCUCCUCCUGUUUUCUUUUAUUGAAGCACUUGAUGUAAACUACUACGGUAUUAGCCGACCACAGAAGUGGUGUUGGGAAGAACUCAUUCCGGAGUCAUAGGUGACGGAAACAUAGUUGUCACCGGACAGCCAGUGCUGGGAUGUGGACACAUGGAUAACGGACUAACCAGCCUGACUUCAUGUCAGUGACACAAAUUUAUGAAAUACUAAGACACAAGCUAAUGUAGCAGGAUAUAACUGAUUCAGCAUGCUACUACAGUAUAAUAUGAAACAUAUUCACUACCUAUAAUUCCCCCAUGCCCCCUUCACAAUGUAUUUAGCUGAUUUUGAACAAUGGGUCAACAGUAGCCCAGCGGCGGAGAAUAAUCUACAAACUUGAUUGACAGUCUGUGAAUAUUCUUUUUUUUUUUUUUCCUUCUUUUUUUGACGAGUAGAGGGCGACAGUCGCUCGUACCAGUGUCAAUAAUCUGAACCCUUUUUAAAUUCCAGGUAAAGCUUUUUCAUUGCUGUCUGAAAAGUGAAAAUCAAAUCCUGUUUCUGUUCAGGCAGCAGCUGAGGCGUCAUGUAUUUAUCACACUUGUCACGGGGCCAGUGAAGAUUGUAGUAUAUGGGAUGACACUAACUCCAACCGUUUAACGGCAGUGCAGUACUGUGUAAGGAAAUAGUAUUGAAGAUAUGGAAAAGUGUUUACAUUCUAAUUGGAUGAUGUUUCUUCUAUUGUCAUAAAAGUGCAUUAGCAAACAGCCCUGCUUCACUUGUAAAUGCACCAUUCAUUAAUUGAGCUGCCUAGCAAUGACCAGUAGUAAUGUCUUACAUCACAAGAGAUGUAAUUUUAAAUAGAGGAGACACAGUGUUCGACAUAGUGAGAUUACAGACCUUUGACCUAUGUAAAAAAAACAGAGACGUACCAGAGCAGGCUGGUACUGGGUUAAAGGUGCAAAAGAGAAAUGUGUUUUGAGAUGUCAAUCGAUGUAUGCAGCAUAUGCUAAACAAAGUAUUUUGUGUUAUUGUAGUCUUCCUGCUGCAUCCCCUUGGAAAGUUGGGUUAUUGUGCAAUAAAACAUGAGGGACUCCUGGACUCAAUUAGUGUGAAA